UAUACCCCUAAAAAUAGAGGAGUUCCGAAAAGACUCCGAAUGAAAGUACUAACAAAAGUUUUUCGGACUCAACUUUCACUUCGACUUCUCAGCAGAAUAGCCUACACAGUAGUGAACAAAAUAACAGUUAGAAUGAGCAUAACACCAAGUGAAUAUGGAUCGUGGAGGUCACCAAUUACAAGUAAAAUUGUUUCUGAAAGUAGUGUGAAAUUUCAAGAAGUUCAUGUAGACAGCUGCCCAGAAAACGCCGAUACGGUUUAUUGGGGAGAAUUAAGAUUUGAUGAAGGAGGUCGAAUUGUAGUGUGUUCACAGAAAGUAGGUGAGGAUAAAAAUAUGUCCUGGACACCAAAAGAUUACAAUGCUAGGACCAGAGUACAUGAAUACGGUGGAGGAGCUUUCUUUGUCAACAACAAAGUAGUCUAUUUCUCAAAUUAUAAAGACCAGCAGAUGUAUUCUCAGAGUUCCCCUGAUGAAGCCCCCCAGCUCAUUACUAAAGGUGAAAAAACAUGGAGAUAUGCUGAUGGGUCAUUUAAUGCUAAGACGAGUAAAAUCUACUGUGUGAGAGAGGAUCAUAGUGUUGUAGAAAGCAAGACGGCUAAAGAACCUGUUAAUACAGUAGUAACAAUAGAUCCUGUUACCAAGCAACAAUUUGUUUUGGCAGAAGGAGCAGAUUUUUACAGUAGCCCAAGAGUAUCACCUGAUGGUAAAAAGAUAGCAUGGGUACAAUGGAACCAUCCUAAUAUGCCCUGGGACAGUACAGAACUAUGGACAGGUGACUUGUCAGCUGCAGGAGAUGCUGUGUCUAAUCCCAAAAAGAUAGUUUCUGGUACUGACAUAAGUGUAAUGCAGCCUUCUUGGACACCAAACAAUGAGCUACUAUAUAUUGGUGAUCAAACUGAAUGGUGGAAUCUUUAUCAUGUCAAUGCUAAUGGUGACCACACUAAUUUGUUACCUAGAGACAAAGAAACUGGAGGCCCACACUGGGUCUUUGCUUUUUAUGGUUAUGCAGUAGAUCCAAAAGGAAAUGGUAAAAUAGUAUUGAAUUCUGGGAGUGAACUUGGUGUGUUAAACAUGAAAACUAAAGAAUACCAGAAACUUGACACAGGAUUUACAAGUCAUGUUUGUAUGAACCUGACAGCAGACGGUCAUGUGUAUUGUGUAGCAGGAAGUCCAACAAAGUUUGAAUGUGUCAUUAGAAUUAAUCUGGAAACCAAAGAAGUAAAGGUCCUUCAAGAAUCGAAGUCAUUAGAUAUGGACACAGGUUAUUACAGUAUUCCAGAGGAAAUUAGCUGGAAAACAACAAAUGAUGAUGUGUCAUACGGAUAUUUCUAUCCUCCCAAAAACAAGGACUUUGUAGCACCUGAGGGUACAAGGCCUCCAUUGUUGGUUCAAGUACAUGGUGGACCAACAUCUCAAACAUCCAAUGUUUUGAGUUUGAAAAAACAAUAUUUUACAUCACGUGGAUUUGGCGUACUAGAUGUAAACUACAGGGGUAGCACUGGUUAUGGUAAAACAUACAGACACAAACUGAGGGCAAAAUGGGGAGUAUGUGAUAUAGAUGACUGUUGCUUUGGUGCCUUAUAUCUUGGUGAUAUUGGACGAGUAGAUGAAAAAAAAUUAUGUAUAGAUGGAGGAUCGGCAGGAGGAUAUACAACACUAGCAUGUUUAACAUUCAAAAAUGUAUUUAAAGCAGGAGCAAGUCAUUAUGGGAUAGGUGACCUUGAAGCUUUAGCAGGAGAUACACACAAGUUUGAAAGUCGUUACCUUGACAACCUGAUAGCACCAUAUACUGGUGAUGGCAUAAAGAUAUACAAAGAGAGAUCACCUAUUAAUUACAUCGGAAAACUAGAUUGCCCUAUUGCUUUAUUCCAGGGUGAUGAGGAUAAGAUUGUUCCACCAAAUCAAGCAGAAAUGAUGUACAAGGCAGUGAAAGAAAAGGGUAUUCCUACCAUGUAUGUUUUGUUCGAAGGUGAACAACAUGGAUUCCGUAAAGCAGAAAAUAUCCAAACAGCAUUGGAUGGUGAAUUCUACUUCUUUUCUAAAGUGUUUGGUUUUAAAGCAGCGGACAAUGAUAUCAAGAUUCCAAUAGCAAAUUUAAAGUAAACUGUUUGGAAAAAUACAUGAAAGAACCAUUGAGGCAGCAUUGAGUAUUUUCCCUAUUAAAUAGGAACUUUGUCACAAGUAGUUUGUGUUCUAGAUUUAAGUUGUUAUCUUUAGAAUUUUAGACUUUCGUUCUGAUUUUUGUUUAUUAGAUGCAUUUUUAUUUUUUAUUGGUUAAGUUUUUUUCUGGUUACCGUGUAACUCUAUUGUUAAUGAAAAAAAAAGUAUGUUUUGCAUUUUUUCCUUACUUCUGUUUUAGUGCAAUAAUACUGCAAUAAGUUCUAUUUUUCAUACUUCUGUUUAAGUGCAAUAAUACUGCAAUAAGUUCUAUUUUUCAUACUUCAGUUAACCUUUACAAAGCAGAAUUUUGUAGUUUCCUGGAAGAUUAUGUUAGACAUUAAAAUGAUUAUUUUCCACCUAAACCGUCUGCUAAAAUUAGGUGUAAUUUACAAUUCAAACUGUGGCAUACCUUUCAGUUAGGAAUCUUUAAAAGGAGAUCACAUGACAACUGUAUCAUGGUUUACUGAAUUUACUUAAGUAAAAGGUCUAAAUUGUCCUUGGAUUCCAUUCUCAUAAAUUCACUAGAAUACUUGUAUUAUUUUGUCAGAGUAUACAUUUUUAAUACAGAUAGAUCACUUUGACUUGAACUGAGUUCAAUUUUUGAUUGUACGAAAUAUUUCCACUUAAAAAAUUGUUUGUGUUUUUUUUUUAAUUUCAUUGUUUUACAUACAGUUUUUAAAAAUGAAUAACAAAAAGUUAUAUAAAUUCGUAUCUUUUAAUAUUUUAGUAUAAGUAUAUCAACUACAGUUUAAGUUUUAUUAACACUAGUGCAGUCUGAAUUCUUGAGUUCAUUUUUCUGUACUUAGUAUUUAUUGUCAUUUUUCUGUACUUUGUAUCUACUGUCAAGUAACUUUGUACCAGGAUGCAUUUGAGCUAGCUUGUCAGUUGCCAUACUGAAAGAUGAUAACCACAAGUUGUUCACUAUGAUCUGUGUUUCUUAGUCAGUUUUAAGUACAUAAUGGACUGGUGUAACUUAGUUAGAAGCUUAUUCUGCUUAUUAUCAUGACUUUAUCGUUAUAUAUUGACAGGCUUGGGAGAUUUGGUAAGUCAACUCUGUAGUUAUUGAUUAUUAUGCAUUUCAGCAUUUCAGUACUUAUAUACUUGUGUUGGAUCUAACUUUACAAAAACUUAACAUAAAAGUGCAAUAAGGGAGAAAAGAGUUAUGUACAAACAUUGUAAUGUAUUUAUUAUGCUGCUCUUGACAUCAAUAUAGCAGAAAUUAAAUGUAAUUAUUUGUUUCUUUCAACACAUUCUGUUUGUAUUAAUGUAUUGAUGUGUAUCCAUCCCUUUUUUUUUAUUGUCUAUCUGUUUACCAACUAUUUAAAUUUAGGGUCACUGUUGUUCAAUAAUUAAUGACAAUAGCACAAACAAAUAUUGUUACAGUAAAUGUGGUUUUUCUUUUCAUGGAUACCUACAUCAGAAACACAAAAUUCUAAAUGACCAGGCUGCAUGUUGUUAUGGUCAUUAACCUAAACAUUUCUUAGUACAAAAUGAUUCUUAAAAUCACUUUUUAGCUCACCUUGCCUGAAGGGCCAAAUGAGCUUUUCUCAUCACUUGGCGUCCGUCGUCGUUUACUUUUACAAAAAUCUUCUCCUCUGAAACUACUUGGCCACAAUCAUCAUUGGGGUAUCUAGUUUAAAAAAUGUGUCCGAUAAUCCCGUCUGCCAACCAAGAUGGCCGACAUGGCUAAAAAUAAAAGAUAGGGGUAAAAUGCAAGUUUUUUCUAUUAUUUUGAAAAUCUUUAUAAAUAGAGAAAAUCUGACGGGACCGAAAUGUGCAGAAUGUUGAGCUUAACCAAUUGUUCAUAUACGCCAAAACUGUCAGAAGACUCCUUAUAGGAGUUAUUGCCCUUAAAUGACAAAUUUUACCAUUUUUUUUAAUUUUUGCCUAUUAUCUUGAAAACUAUAAUAAAUAGAGAGAAACUUUCAAUUUCAAAAAUGACCAGCAAGACAAGUUCUACAAAUAAAUCUACUCCUUCUUAGAGUUAUUGCCCUAUGAUGAAGAUUUUUACCAAUUUUUUGCGUUUUUGCCUUAUAUCUUAGAAAAUAUAAUAGAUAGAUAGAAACUUAAAUAACUCCUUUUUGGAGUUAUUGCUAUUUAAUGAUGACUUUUACCAAUUUUUUUUGCAUUUUACCUUAUAUGAUAAAAAUUAUAAUAGAUAAAUGGACACUUUAAAUCACAAAAAUGAUCAGUAAGGCAAGAUCUACUAAUAAGUCAAAUUUUGUCAAUAUAGUUAGUAGACUGUCAUGCUUUAUAGGAGUGAUUGCCCUUAAAUGAGAAUUUUUUUUACCCUCCUUUGUGUUUUGAGCAAAAACUAAAGAAGAUUGAGAGAAACUAAACAGACUAAAUGGUCAGCAAUACAAGAUCAACAUAACAGAGAUUUCUGUCAUGAAUUCUAUUCUCAUCUACAAUGUUGGAGAGUGUCCUUUGUUGAAUAUGCACAUAGACCAAGGUGAGCAACACAGGCUCUUUAGAGCCUCAAGUUUGUGUUCCUUGCAGUUUUUUUUUUUUUUAUAAAACCAGCAGUUUACAAUCUUCAGCAUGUGACUUUCAAAACAUGACCAUUAUAUUAUUGUGUCCAGGGCAUGUUGUCUGGAUGCUUAAGUGUAAUAUACAUUUGUAUGUUACUCCAUAUAAAGAUAAAAGGUGAGGUAUGAUUGUCAAUGAGACAACUAUCCAUAGACCAAAGAACAAAGAUGUUAACAAUUACAGGUAACUGUACGGUCUUCAACAAUGAGCAAAGCCCUUAUUUUAAAGUUAUAAUUUCUGUCUUCUGCAUAGUAAUAAAUACUGAAUUGUAGUUUGAACAUAAUUCUAUGGGGUAACAUUUUUAUAAUUUUUUAUAUUCGACUGUUAUUUUUCAUUACCUUGUUGUCUGUGUUAAGUUUUCAUACUGUUUUGGAUGUCACCUAUUACCUUUACAAUUUAAGUUGCCUUGCUGAUCAUUUUUGCAAUAUGAAUGUAUGUUAAAAUACACACUUUUCUUUCAAAAAGAAACAUGCCAUCAACAUAUACUUAAAAGUAAGGAAUUGAAUGUUUAGGACCUCAGAUAUGCAUUAGACUUGAAUUCACAUGCUAUGUAGUAACAUUAUUUGCUGCUUUACAUUGUUUUUGUUUGUUCUGGUAACUCUUUUUUCUGUAUUUCCUUUAUUUAAUCAGAAAAUUUGAAGUAAAUUUCUUAUUUAAUUGGUUCUUAAAAGACAGAUAUUCUCUUCAGUCUGUUGUAGUUAUCUUUAAAGUAUAUCAGAUAAUCAAAAGUCAAAAGAUGCACACCUUGACCUCAUUAAAAGACAGCCUUUUCAUAGUAUUUUCUUAUGAUAAAGAUUUUCAUUCCAGUAUUUACAUUCCUUGUGAUAGAGAUGUUCAUUCCAGUAUUUACAGUACAAUAUUUUUUAACAGCACUGUUUUUUUGUAAUAGAAUUAGGAAUUAAAUUUACUUGUUACUUUUGUAAACAGAAGUGUGAUGUGGUGUAGUAAAUGAUAAAAAAACAAAUGUAUGUACAUGUAUUUAUGACCAAGUGUAGCUGAUCUAAUAAAACAAAAUUUAUUUGUUG